UCGAAAAGAAAGAAAAAUAGAAUAGCCCUGCAAAUCCAUUUACACAAGAAAUGAAAUCUCUAAUCAUUUCAACGACAUUAUCAGCUCAUCCGUCAUCUCUUCAUAGUCAUUGUCAUCGACUAUCACCUGUAUCAUUUCCAGUUACAAACUCCGUUCCCAUUGUUACCGGGUUUAGUACUUCUCAUAAUCAACCGAGUCUCUUCCGACACUACCAACGUUCAUCAACCGUACUAAAAUGCCGUGUCUCAACUAUUGUUUCUCCUCCAGCAAUAGAUGAUGAUGAUAAGUUCAAGUUUAUGGAAGCGGCAAAGAAAGGCAACUUGAUACCGCUCCACCGCUGUAUAUUCUCGGAUCAAUUGACUCCAGUACAGGCUUACAGAUGUCUAGUUAAAGAAGAAGAUGACAGGGAUGCUCCUAGUUUCAUUAUGGAAUCUGUCGAACAGGGUUAUGAAAAUACACAAGUUGGGCGAUAUAGUUAUGUUGGAGCUCAGCCAACAAUGGAGAUAGUAGCUAAAGAGACCUCUGUAACUAUAAUGAAUCAUAUCAAAGGGAUCAAAACAGAGAAGAUAGUUGAGAAUCCAAUGGAAAUCCCAAAGACAUUAAUGGAAGAAUGGUCUCCACAGCUACUUGAUGAACUUCCUCGGGCCUUUUGCGGCACUAGAAGGUGUAGAAGAAGUAGAUGGUACCUUCCUUUUAGAUCCAACAUCAACUGCAGCGGAGGAGGAUGGUGCAGUUGCCUUACACUUUUUCUGGGAACCAGCUGUAGAAGAAGAUGGUGUAGUAGCAGCUUCCUUACCCUUUGAAAAUGGUGGUACAUCAGCAGUAGCAGUCUUUGAUGCAGAUGUUGUUGCAGUAGUUGGUGCAGACAAGGCCUUCCUCAUCUUCUUUGUUGGUGCAGCAGUAAUACAAAACUCAUCUCCAUUAACAGAACAUUCCAUUCUAACUCCUUUCUUCUUUGGAUUAGAACCAACUGGAGGACCUUGACAGGUAAGGAUGUUAUGAUCAAGACCUUUACAUACACUGCACUUUGUUACUCUUUUGGGCUGCUUGUUCUUCUCAUACCAAGACUUCUUUCUCUUGACACAAGGUCUUCCCUUAUCUCUCAAUCUGUGUGGAUGUAGAAUGUUGAUACCAGUCUGCAAACAAAAUAGAAGUUAGUAAACUUUAAAUGCACAGAUCUAGAGAAUAAAAAGAAUCCAUAAUAAUAAUACAAUAAAGUAAAAGUACAAAAGUAGAUAAUAUUAUUCAAUGAAAAGAUUCUCAAAACAAAUUUUUUUUUUUGAAAUCAGACAAUGGAAAA